AUGUCUAACCGCAAGAUGCCCCGUUUGGCCUGUCUUGCCGGGUCUCUGACGGGUAGCUCCAUAACCGCCGCCGCGCCGUGGGGCGCAGCCCUGGGAUUCUAUCGUGCCAUGAUCCGAAAUAUCCCGGUCUUUACGGAGGCAGCCAAUGUCUUGCUACUGCAUUCGAUCAUCUCCGAGUUUGACACCACACUCCGGGAUAGCUUUGACUGGACCCGUCCAGAGACGCAUGGCAAGGUCAUCAUGGCGUGUAUGGUGAGAAUUGGAGUCGGUUCCAAACUUGGUCCGAGGUGCAGGAGCGUGGCCGUGAUUAAGCUGCAGUCCAAGGACCCAAACGUGUUUGGCGAACAUGGGGCAAACUCCCGGGUCUUCUUGAUCGAUGUCUCCUUCAAUCUGGGACUGAUGUUGGGGCCUCUGCUGUCUGGGUCCCUGACUGAGGUCUUUGGGUUCUACUAUUCGUGCGGUACAUGGGGUGAGUGGUCCUUUCAAUCAGCCCAACGAUUCCGAUUUUCUGAUACGUCUUAG